AUGGCCGCCUUACAAGUUCUCGGGUUGUCUGAGAAUGUUCAUUUACAUUUGGUGAUUGCCGGCCUCCACGGAUCCUCCAGGUUAGCUAGAUCCGUAUACAAAAACCCAGUCCGAACUCUAGUUGAGUUCACUGCACGGUCCAAAAAAUAUUUGGAGCUCGAGCAGAUGGAGAUUGAAAAUGUAGACCCAAGGCAACACCAUAGCCAGAUGGAGAAACUCGGAAAUCGAAGAUCCCAAAUCUGGAGAGAGGUAGCAUCCACCGAAAUGAAGAGGGUGGAUAGGCCACGGCCAUUACUGAAUCCAGCCAGCCUGGACCAAUCUCGAUAUUGCGCGUUCCAUGAUGGCCCUGGCCACACAACCAAUGAAUGCUGGGAUCUAAGGGACGCAAUUGAAAGAUAUAUCAGGGAAGGAAAGUUGCAUCAAUACUUGAUAAGAACUCAAGGGUGGAAGAAUAACAAGAAGAGGAGAGGAGGACGGCUUAUGAGCCCUCCCCGAGAAAAAAAGUUCAGGGAUGAGGGCCGAGGUAAGAAGCCGGCCAAAGAAGAGGAUGAUGAAUUCAUAGAACCUGAGUUUGAGUGCAAUGUUAUUAGCGGGGGUUUUGGUGGAGGAGGUGAUACAAUGAAUGCCAAGAGAAAGUAUUUAAGAGAGGCAUUCCAGAAAAUGAACCUGGAUGUGGAAGAUUUGAAACCCUGCAACACGGCUUUGAUUGCGUUCAAUGGCCGCGAUACUAUCCCUAAGGGAUACAUUGAACUGAGGCUUACCUUGGCAACAAAGGAGGCUUACAAGUCGGAAAGGAUAAGAUUCAUAGUGGCUGACUUCCCGUCGGAGUAUAACGUAAUUCUGGGAAGGCCAACUAUCCACGAUUGGGAUAUGCUGGUCACCACCAAGCAUCAGAAGCUCAAGAUGAUUGGUAAGCAGAACACGGUAAUCACCAUUCCUGGGGAUCAAAAAGAAUCUCGAGAUUGCUAUUUUAAGUCGGUCAGAGCAAUAGGCAGUAACCUAAAGCCACCAGUCGGCGUGAACCCCAGUAAUAAGCAGGAUAACUCCAAGAAGAAGGGACCAACAUCGAUAAACAUGGUAGAGUUAGACAUGAGGGAUGAAACUCAGAUCCCAAGGCCGGAACCCGAUGGAGAGCUGGAGGAAGUAGUCAUUGGAGAAAAAACUCAAACAGCCAAAAUUGGAAAGGGGUUGGCAGAAGAGAACAAAGUUCGAUUUACUAACUGCUUAAGGAGGAACACAGACGUCUUCGCUUGGAAAUCCUCAGAGAUCCUUGGCGUGGACCCUUACUUUUGUUGUCAUAAGCUCGCGGUGUACCCAGGAUCAAAACCGAUAGCUCAAAAGAAAAGGAAGCUCAGUGCAGAACGUCGGCAGGUGUUAGAAGAUCAUGUAAAGGAGUUGCUGGAAGCAGGGUUUAUCAGAGAAAUACAAUACACAACCUGGCUGUCCAACGUGGUGAUGGUAAAAAAGCCAAAUGGGAAAUGGAGGGUGUGCACGGACUAUACAGAUCUGAACAAAGUAUGUCCCAAGGAUACGUACCCCAUGCCUAAUAUAGAUCAGCUCGUUGACAACUCAUCCGAGUUCCAAAUGUUGUCCUUCAUGGAUGCGUAUUCAGGAUAUAAUCAAAUCCCACUACACCCCGAAGACCAAGAAAAAACCGCUUUCAUCGCAGAAAAGGCAAAUUAUUGUUAUAAUGUGAUGCCUUUUGGACUGAAAAACUCAGGUGCCACCUACCAAAGAAUGAUGAAUCAGGUAUUCGAAGAUCAGCUUGGUAAAAAUGUGGAGGUAUACAUAGAUGACAUGAUUGUUAAAUCAAUUAACUCAGCAGUUCAUAUUGAGGAUCUAGAGCAAACCUUCCAAAAACUAAGGCAGCACAAUAUUUGUUUAAACCCGGCUAAAUGUGCUUUUGGAGUCCAGGCAGGAAAGUUUAUAGGGUUUAUGUUGACUCAUAGGGGUAUAGAAGCUAACCCGGACAAAUGCAGAGCCGUACUGGAGAUGAAGCCACCAGCGAGCAAAAAGGAGAUCCAACAGUUGACAGGAAGACUAGCUUCGCUCACCAGAUUUUUACCUCGGUCUGCGGAAACAACUUUACCCUUUUUCAAACUUCUGCGAAAAGAGGUGCAAUAUGGGUGGACCUCAGAGUGUGAGGUUGUUUUCCAAGAAAUAAAAAAACAGCUAGCAUCACCGCCAGUCCUGUCUAGUCCAAGGAAUGGGGAGACGCUGAUAAUUUACCUUUCCGUAGGAGAUGUUGCUGCCAACUCGGUCCUAGUUCAAGAAAGUGAGGAGGGGCAACAGCCAAUUUACUUUGUGAAUCGGCUCCUCCAGGGAGCAGAGCUCCAUUAUCAGAAGCUAGAAAAGGUGGCUUUCGCCUUGAUGAUCUCGGCUAGAAGGCUCAGAUCAUAUUUUCAAGGGCACCAGAUUGUGGUCAGAUCAGACUUACCAAUCCGGCAAAUCCUACACAAGCCCGACUUAGCAGGAAGGAUGAUGGCCUGGGCUGUGGAAUUGUCUGAGUUCGACAUAGUUUUUGAAAGCCGAAAAGCAAUCAAAUCUCAAGCACUGGCAGAUUUUGUCAGAGAGCUAACUUCAAUCCAAAAGGAGAUCUCACCAAACCCAGACACUUGGAAGAUCUACGUCGAUGGAUCAUCAAAUUCCAAAGGUAUUGGGGCCGGGGUAAUCAUUGAAAACCCGGAAGGAGUGGCGGUAGAAUAUUCCCUGCAAAUGAAAUUUGAAACGUCAAACAACCAGGCGGAAUAUGAAGCAUUCAUAGCCAGGCUUCAGCAGGCAAAGGAGCUCGGGGCAAGGAAACUGCAAAUCUUUACUGAUUCGCAACUGGUCACAUCGCAAAUCGGAGGAAGCUACCAAGCUAAAGGACCGUUGUUAGCAAAAUACUUGGAUUUCGCAAGACAGUUAAUAACGGAGUUCGAAAAGGUAGAAGUCCACCACAUUCCGCGAAAUGAAAAUAGCAGGGCUGAUAUACUGUCAAAACUGGCAAGCACUAAAGGAUGGGGAAACCACAGGACGGUGGUUGAGCAGGACAUCCCAGAACCCGCAUGUGUCAUGCGGAUAGCCGAGGGCAAGGAUUGGCGUAGUGUCAUCAUUGACUACAUAGAAAACGGAACCCUACCCCCCGGAAGGAGGAAGCUCGGAAGCUGGUCAAGGACGCAACAUUAUACACAAUGA